GAUUUAAAGCCCAUAUAACAAUUAAAACCGGAUUUCGGAUAUCCGCCGGAUAACCGAAAUUUUAACGGUUAACCGUCAACCGGAUAUCCGGGAUAACGGAUCCGGAUUCGGAUAGUAGAAUUGUGUAUCCGCCGGAGCCGGAUCCGGAUUCGGAUACCAUAAAAAAGGCCGGAUAUCCGGCUCCGGCCCAGGCCUAUUAUGAAGAUUUCAGAAUUUAUGAUGAUAUUCUGCAGGACUAUUAUUUAACAAAAAAAAAGGAAAAAAUAAAUAAAUACUAGUAAAAAAAGAAAUAUAUUUCUACUAACAUACGCCUCAAAAAUUUCCACUUUAGCGUUGUUGUAUCUCAAGAAGAAUCAAGAUCUCUUCUUCUUCUUCUUCUUCUUCAGCUCUCUCUUCAAUCAUCCUCUGCUUAAGUUUGCUCCCGUCAACAAAAUUUACGAGCUUUCUACAAUUUUCGAAUCCCUCUUCAUACAAAGUUAGGUUUUUUAUAAAAAAAAUUUCAAUUCCUUUGCUUGGAUCCUAAGAAAAAAAACAAAGGAAAGAAAGAAAGAGAAAUGAAAAAACCCAAAUUGUCAAAAGUGGAAAAAAUCGACAAGAUUGAUCUCUUCUCCUCACUAUGGAAGCAGAGAUCGAUUCGUGUGAUAAUGGCAAUUGGGUUUCUCUAUCUGCUCAUCGUCACAGUAGAGAUACCUCUCGUUUUCAAAUCCUGGUCCAGCAGCUCCAUCUCCAUUGAAUCUCUUUCUCGACUCGAGAGCGAGCCACAAGAGCCCCUAGUCGUCACAAUCCCUAAUCCUCCUUCAUUGAAGCCAGUUUCGUACCCUAAUUCGGACUCCUCCACCAUUGUUAACCGGACGACGGACCUGAACAAGGUCCGUGAGCAUCACCGUGGUCUUCUCUCAAGCUUGAGAUUUGAUUCGGAAACUUUCGACCCGAGUAGUAAAGACGGGUCAGUGGAGCUUCACAAGUCAGCCAAGGAAGCUUGGCAGCUAGGUCGAAAGCUAUGGAAGGAGCUUGAAUCAGGAAGGCUUGAGAAGCUAGUGGAGAAGCCAGAGAAGAACAAAUCUGAUUCAUGUCCACAUUCGGUUUCGUUAACCGGGUCGGAAUUUAUGAACCGGGAGAACAAACUGAUGGAGCUGCCUUGUGGUUUGACGUUGGGUUCGCAUAUAACCUUAGUGGGAAGGCCGAGGAAAAGCCAUCCCAAGGAUGGUGAUUGGUCUAAGUUGGUGUCCCAGUUUGUGAUAGAGCUACAAGGUUUAAAGACUGUUGAAGGAGAGGAUCCUCCUCGGAUUCUGCAUUUCAAUCCCAGGCUUAAGGGAGAUUGGAGCAAAAAGCCUGUGAUUGAGCAGAACAGUUGCUAUAGAAUGCAAUGGGGACCUGCACAACGAUGCGAAGGGUGGAAGUCAAGAGAUGAGGAAGAGACUGUUGAUAGUCAUGUGAAGUGUGAGAAGUGGAUCCGUGAUGAUGAUAACUACUCAGAAGGGUCGAGAGCAAGGUGGUGGUUAAAUAGACUUAUAGGAAGGAGAAAAAGGGUUAAAGUAGAAUGGCCGUUUCCUUUUGUAGAAGAGAAGCUGUUUGUUCUAACUCUUAGCGCCGGUUUAGAGGGUUACCAUAUCAAUGUUGAUGGAAAGCAUGUUACAUCUUUCCCUUAUCGCACUGGUUUCACCCUGGAGGAUGCAACAGGGCUAACCGUAAACGGAGACAUUGAUGUUCAUUCUGUUUUUGUUGCCUCUCUGCCAACAUCACAUCCUAGCUUUGCUCCCCAAAGGCAUCUCGAGUUGUCAAAGAGAUGGCAGGCCCCUGUAGUUCCCGAUGGGCCUGUGGAGCUCUUUAUCGGCAUCCUUUCCGCAGGCAAUCAUUUCUCUGAGCGGAUGGCCGUGAGGAAAUCCUGGAUGCAGCAUGUUCUUAUUACAUCUGCAAAAGUUGUUGCUCGUUUCUUUGUGGCGCUGCAUGGGAGAAAGGAGGUGAAUGUGGAAUUGAAGAAAGAAGCAGAAUAUUUUGGGGACAUUGUACUUGUUCCUUACAUGGAUAGCUAUGAUCUUGUCGUGCUAAAAACUGUUGCCAUAUGUGAACACGGAGCUCUUGCAUUCUCUGCAAAGAACAUAAUGAAGUGUGACGAUGAUACAUUUGUGAAACUUGGCGCGGUGAUUAAUGAAGUGAAAAAGGUACCCGAAGGAAGAAGCCUGUACAUUGGUAACAUGAAUUAUUACCACAAACCUCUCCGUGGUGGUAAAUGGGCAGUCACAUACGAGGAAUGGCCAGAGGAGGACUACCCGCCCUACGCAAAUGGACCUGGAUAUGUUCUAUCUUCUGACAUUGCGCGUUUCAUUGUGGAAGAGUUUGAGAGACAUAAAUUACGGCUGUUCAAGAUGGAGGACGUGAGUGUUGGAAUGUGGGUUGAGCAGUUUAAGAACACAACAAACCCAGUGGAUUACAGACACAGUCUGAGAUUCUGUCAGUUUGGCUGUGUUGAGAACUACUACACAGCUCAUUACCAGUCGCCGAGACAGAUGAUAUGCUUAUGGGAUAAGCUCUUAAGACAGAACAAGCCCGAGUGUUGUAACAUGAGAUGAUCUCUUGAGGAAACAGUUACGUUUUCUGAGAUAUAUAACAUGCCUUCAAGCUUGCUGUAGAAAGCCAGGGCAAAUUAAGAAAUCAAUUUUGCAACCUCUUCACACAGACAGAGAGAGAAAGAGAGCCUGGACUUGAUUCUGUUGGUCUGCAGCUUCAAGCCUUCUGAUAUGUUGAAGAAAUGGGGACACGAGAACAGGGAGUAGGGAAGAAAACAUAGAGAAUCACUUUAUUUUUAUUUAUAUGUAUAAACCCAUUUCUUAAUCUGAAUGGAAAUUUUUUUUA